UUGAUGAUUUAAAGGUUUUCUUGAAGCAACUUGCCAUCUUACUUUGGCAUGAUCAGAUAAAGGUCCCAUUCAAAAUAGCUGAAGUUGUUGCUUGAGGAAGUCGCAAAUGGUAGACUUAGAGUUGCUGCUUAAGAUACUUUGUUAGAUUUCGUACUUUGGGAAAGUGGAAGUAAAUCCCUUCUCUAACUUCCAAAGGGAUCAAUCCAAGUCAAUAGCUUGCUACCGCAGACAACAUGAUGCCAAAUUCAACAUGGAUCCAGGAUUUUAAUUCCUUUUAGGUACUGUUUGUCUGUGACUACUAGUGAUAUAUUUCCUAUUAUCUUGCAGAUUUGUUUAUUCAAUGAACCAAAAACCCAAUACAAAGCGUUCAAAAUUUUGUAACCCCAAACGGCAUCUUAAAAGGACCCUUUUUGAGGUCCGAACCAAAACUCCAAAAGGCACUGAAGUGAAGUAUCUCUCCCUCUCUUCUUCGAUCUUCCUUCAAACUUUUUUUGUUUUUUUCACUGGCUGCAGAAUCUCUUGCGGUAACAAAUGCUUACUUUGAAUCUGAUACCAUCCUCUCCUGUCACUUUCUCCAAAUCCACUCAUCAAUAUUAUCCCAUAAAAAGGAUCCAAAACCCAAAGAAUUUUAUUUACCCUCCUGCUUUUCUCAGCAAAUCCACCCCACACAGCCCCAAGAUUUGCAACUUUAACAAAAUCCAUGGCCACCCUUUUGGCAAGAUCCAAGCUUUAUGCUCCAAAAGAACUCAUUUCAGCGAUAUCCAUGAAAACCCAUCUCGGAAACCAGGAUCCCAUGUUCUCAAAGCGGCUGCCGCAUCUGAAUCUAAUCCAGAAGGAGAAGCUGAAGCUGCUGAAGUAGCGGCAAAGUCAAAGGCCAAAACUUUACAGCUUGCCCUUGUGUUCGGUUUCUGGUACUUUCAAAACAUUGUCUUUAACAUUUACAACAAAAAGGCAUUGAAUGUUUUUCCAUUCCCUUGGCUUCUUGCUUCUUUUCAACUCUUUGCCGGUUCCAUUUGGAUGUUAGCUCUCUGGUCCUUAAAGUUACAACCUUGUCCCAAAAUCACAAAGCCUUUUAUUGUUGCACUUCUUGGACCUGCAUUGUUUCACACAAUAGGCCAUAUUUCAGCUUGUGUAUCAUUUUCUAAGGUGGCUGUUUCCUUCACUCAUGUUAUCAAAUCAUCAGAGCCAGUGUUUUCUGUUGUUUUCUCUUCAUUUCUUGGUGAUUCAUACCCUUUGAAAGUCUGGCUUUCAAUUGUUCCCAUUGUUUUGGGAUGUUCUCUGGCUGCUAUAACUGAGGUUUCCUUUAAUUUUCAAGGCUUAUGGGGUGCUUUGAUUAGCAAUGUUGGAUUUGUGUUAAGGAAUAUUUAUUCCAAGAAAAGUUUGCAGAACUUUAAGGAAGUGAAUGGAUUGAAUUUGUAUGGUUGGAUCAGUAUAAUCUCUCUGCUUUAUCUGUUUCCAGUCGCGGUUAUAGUUGAAGGGUCCCAAUGGGUUCAAGGGUAUCACAAAGCAAUCGAAACAGUUGGCAAAGCAUCCACAUUUUACAUAUGGGUCUUGCUUUCAGGGAUAUUUUACCAUCUAUACAACCAAUCAUCUUAUGAGGCACUUGAUGAAAUUAGCCCUUUGACAUUUUCAGUUGGGAACACAAUGAAGAGGGUUGUAGUUAUAGUGUCAACUGUUGUGGUGUUCAGGAAUCCAGUUCGGCCUUUGAAUGCACUUGGAUCUGGGAUUGCUAUACUUGGAACUUUCUUGUAUUCACAAGCAACAGCUAAGAAAAAGAGUACUGGAGGUGAAAAGAAAAGCUAAGGGUUCAGAAAUCUCUUCAAAGUUUUAACUUUUCGUUUUUCCUUUUGGCCGGAUGAAAUAACCCGCUUUAGAUAGCCAUGGACAUGACUUGCUGUUAGCAAAGGAGGAUUUCCUAGCCAAAGAUGGUGGCAAGAAACCUAUCAUUGUUAGUAACUUUCUCCCUCAAUCCCAAGUGAUGCCUUAUUAUAGUGCUUGUCACAACUAUCCUUACCAACCAGAUGUAUCAAUGUAUCCUGUAAUUAAAUUAUAAUGCCCAACUUCGAAGGAACUGCUAACAAUCUAACCUUGGAUGGUUGGUUUAAUUAAUGUCCUGAUGCCCUGCUGUUAUCCUAAAAGCAAGGUCAUCAUCAUUUUCAAUAUAGUUGCACCAAAUCAGUCAGCCGCAUGAAAAUGUGGCCAACAAAUAGUUUAGCUCAGGUUUUGCAAGUUGAGGUCUACGAACUACCAGAUGGUUGGAAAGCUGUUGCGCGCAGCCAUUGAAUAGCUAAAGAAUUCCCUGAUAUAUGUAUGCUCUAAUUCAUGCAAAUAAUACAAUAGAACAGUGCAAAUAAUUUGGUGUUUCUUGUCUCUACUGUUUAGAUACGGGUUCUCUGGUGUUUACUGUGGUCUAAAUGAAAAUUGUAGCUUUCCCAUUGUGCAUACAUGUCUGAUGGCUUGAGAAUUAAGAGUGAAUGUUCUUUCUGAUGCAUUUUGUAGUUUUUCUUGAUCCGAUUUUAAAUCCAAAGUCAAGAAUUGGGAACCAAAAGAUAACCACUGCGACUACUAAUAGUUUGGAAUCAUUUGUUGAGCAUAAUGGUUCUAGACUCGAG